AUGAAACUUGUUACUAUACAAGUUGAAAACACCAAGGUACCUCUUAGUAAAAUUUCUCAUUAUUUAGACCCAAAUGUUAUUCCACCUGAUGUAGAAGUUCCUCCAAGUGUUUUGCCUUAUUCAAUAAGUAAAGACUUUAAAGAGAGAGAUAUUUUAGCUCAUUUUAGUGAUUGGUCUAAAUUAAGUUUGGUUACAUGGGCUCGAUUUAUCUCUGCAAAACCUUUAUUUGAACAAGAUCCUACGUUUUCAGAAAAAAUUCUUGGAAGCAUUGCACAUCGAUUUAGACGUAUUUCUGAACGGGAUCAAAAGAAUAUUAGACAAUAUUUGGCUAAAAAAAAUUGUAUUCCAACAAAAAUGGGUAUGAAAAUGCCAGAUCAAUCUUAUUUUCCCAGGGCGGAUAUAUUUCCAGAUUUGGCUAUUAUUAGUUGUCAAGACAGAAUUGAUGAUGAAUUUUUCUCUUAUUUGGGAGUUAGAAAACGUGUUGAAAUACAUCUUUUAUGUGAUCGACUUGUUAGAAAAGGAGGUUGGAAUCAAAUUGAAUUAAGCAAAUAUCUUGUUCGGAAUGAAUAUGAGGAUGAAGAAAUAAAAAAAUUAUCAUCCAAGUCUAUUUGGCCGAUGGAAUCUAACAAUAAUAGAAGAUUUACAGCAAGGGAAUUAUAUGCACCAUCGUCACAAUUACGUGAUUUUGAAUUACCAAUAAUUGUGUGGGAUGACAAUUGGAAUAGGAAUUCGAGGGAAGCUAAAAUUAUGUUAAAGCUCGGCUUAUGUGAAUAUCCUCCACUUGGUAAAAUACUUCAGCUGGCGUCACCUAUCACAGAGCUUUCAAUUCGCCAAAAGGCUCUAAAUUACUUUCUUGAAAAUCUUAAAACAAAAUAUUCUAAACACUAUGAUGCAAAAAAAAUAAAUAUUGCGUUUCUCCCAUGUACUGAUCUAAACGUUUACGCAAAACCAUCGGAAUGUUACACAAACACGGAGUGUAGGUUUAUGAAAUUUAAUGUAUUACAUAGAGACUUGGUAAGUAGAGCUGAAGAUCUUGGUGUAAAGAAAGAUCCAGAUCGGCUGCAGAUACUAGAAAAACUAAAGAACGAACCACCAGAUGAAGAAAAAGCAAAAUCAAUUUUUGGUUAUUUAUCUUCAUUUCACUUUAUAUAUUCAGAUUGGGGCAAUUUAAACCGAACAUAUUUUAUUCCAAUUCGUGAUAAAAAGUCCGCUCAAUUGAAAUAUGUUAAACCGUCAAACUGUUUUUUUAAAUGUUCUGAUGAAGAUUUUGCUGACUAUUUUGAUUAUAUUAAUUUUGGUGAAAAAGCAAAUAAAUUUUUGCGGGAUUGUGGUGUCAAAGAUGAACCAUCUCCAAUUGAUUUGGCUGAACUUUUAAUUGAAUCUUCACAUGAAGUUUUGAAAAGCCAGGGUAUUGACAAGUAUACUGCUAUACUACACAAAAUCGAUCACAAAUUUUCUUCGGUUCAAAAGAAUAACAAUGUAUUAAAUAAUUUGAAAAAACUUGGAAAAUGUAUACUAGCAUCUUCUAAAGAUAUUUAUAUAAGUGAUAAUGAUAUAUAUGAUAAAAUUUUUGAACCUUUAAGCUGCCCCCCAGAUCAAUCAUUAGUACGUUUGUACAAGAAAUUGGGAUGUCAAUCACUAUCCAGCAGUGUUACAUCUAAAUCUGACAUUAAAGGAAAGAUACUACGACCUACUGAAAAAUCUGCGGAAUUACAAAAUUUGAUUAGGGAACGUGCACCAUUAUUUUAUCAUGAAAUUAAUAAUAACGAUAUCAAUAAAUAUGAACAAUGGGUAAGAGAAUUGGAAGUGUUAGAGGUUGAUCAGAUCGAAACAACUCAUACUUUGGCUCCAAAGAAUAUAACAAAAGUUGAUAAUUUUAUCACCUCUUGUAUUUCAAAAUGUGAACGUAAAUUAUUUAUUAGAGUAGGGGAAUCGGUUAAUUAUUAUGAUGUUGCAAAAUCAAUUUCUCAGUUGAUUUGUAAAAGACCUCAACUUAAUAUGAUUGCCUUUGUAGACUCGUUAUUAACAAAGUCAUUAGAUGAUCUUAGAAGUAGGGGACUUCCAGUAGAUCAAUUAUUAAAUCUAAAGAAAAACAAUUUGUAUGUUGUUGAAAAUGAAGAAAUUUCAGAAUUAAAUCCAUUUGAAGAAGAAAAUUUUUCUGAUACAGAUUAUUAUGAAGUUGCUACGGAAACAAAGCAUUUUUCUGGAAAAACACAAAAAAUUGCUCCUAAUUAUAUGCCUAUCAUGUCAACAACUUCAUAUGAAGAAGCAUUUCCACCGUUACCAGCUUCAUAUAAUAAUAAUUAUGAUAAACAUCAGAGACAAAGCUUUUCCUCAAAAUCACAAUAUGAAAAGAGUUCAUGGUACAAUACAUCUUCUACAACAGUUUCGCAAAUGAGCAUUGAAGAUUUGAAAAAAGUUUUACGUGAUGGCAUAUCCCGUACGAAUUCUGUUGAUGGACAAGUUAAAAUAAAUUUUCCAGAAAAUCAAAUAAGUUACUGUGAUUUUAUACCAGCUCAUUCAUUAGAAUUUAUUGGAGCAGAAAAUGGGGUAGAAUUAUAUAUUUCAAAAGGUCUGGAUCCAUCAACAUUUUCAUCGUCAAGGAUUCCUUUGAAUAACUUUAUUCAAAUGCUUAAACAUUUAUCUAAAGUUUUUGAACUACCUCCCAAAAAGGUUCAUGUGUUUUAUGAUUCUGGCAAUUCUACUGCUUUUAAUCGAAACAAUUCAUUAUUUUUCAAUUUUAAUAAUUUUCUUGACUUUCAGAGACAAUGGAAAGACAUUAAAGAUAGAUAUAUUCAAAAUUAA